AUGAUUCAGCUGAGAGAGGCGUCGGCAACAAGAGGACUCGAAAGAUUGAGUGGUUCUGAAGCACCGAGAAGAAACCUAGAGGCAAGAACAAACAAGAAGCGAAUCACAGCGCCGAUAAUGGAAGAAGCACCCAAGACAUUAGCUCACCAAAUCGGAGGGAUCCAGAACGAUGCACUUCGCUUCGGCCUCCACGGAGUUAAGAGCGACCUCGUCGGAUCUCACCCUCUCGAAGCUGCCCACCGAUCUAUAAUUAAGAAUCAAGAAGACAUGAAGAGGAAAGUCCUUGCAAACACUUAUGGAUCUGCCUUUCCUUUAAAGAUGGACCUGGAUAGGCAAAUUCUUUCUCGAUUUCAGAGACCUCCUGGACCUAUUCCUUCUUCAAUGGUUGGUUUGGAAGCCAUGACAGGAAGCUUGGAUGACUUUGGUUUUGAAGAUUAUCUGAAUGAUCCUCGUGAAUCCGAAGUUUAUCGCCCUCAGGACAUGCAUCACGGAAUGGAGGUUCGCCUGGGGAUCUCUAGAGGACCAGUUUGCCCAAGUUUCGUUUAGUUUCAAGCGUGUUUUUACCAUGUUAGCAGUACUGGGAAUGGAACAUGCAAUUGUGGAACAAAUGUAAUACACCUUAUUGUUGGGAUCUGAAUGUUUAAUUGACCUGGAGAUGUCCAACACCCGGAUCCCUCUGUCCUUUGCUAGUAUU